AGAGAAUGUCACCGUUACGAGAAACAGCAGCGCUGCUGGUGGCCAUCAUGAUACUCACAUCUGUAGCAGCGGGUCCGCUGCCCGAAGAAACAAACAAUGAGGUUGACAACAUAAUACCUCAGAAAUCGGACCCCAUCACACAGAAAACCACGACUCAACAGGUGACGUCAUCGCCCGCCCCGAACAAAGUACAUAUCACGCGAGCGCCUCCGAUAGCGACAUCUCCCAACGGCUUUUCCAAGUUCAUCAACGACGUAUUUCAGAUCCCGAUAUCAGUCCUUAAGGCUGUAAGCAGUUUCCUUAGCAACACUUUUGGAAACGGUCAGAAAUCUUAAAGCGUCAACGUGACAGCUCGC